AUGGGAGGAACAAGGACUGCAGGAGCUUUAUCCAGAGGAGGUCGUGGUGGACCGGUUCAAGUUAGGGGAGCGCCUUCUAGUGGAUCGGCAAUGACCCCUCAAUUUACUUGUGGGUACUGUGGUAAACCCAACCACUCUGAGAAUGACUGCUGGAGGAAGUCGGGGAAAUGUCUGUUUUGUGGGAGUGUCGAACACCAACUCGCAGGUUGUCCAAAGGCACCAAAAUUGGGAGGUAAUCCUCAGAGGCCAGAAAAAUCAACCUCUAAGCAGACUAGUGCUGGAGGGAGCCGACCUAAGGUACCGGCUAGGAUUUAUGCACUGGAUCACCAACAGAUACCUGAUGCGACUGAGGUGGUUAAAGACUUGAAGCCAAUUAAGUUAUCUUACGACUUGGAAGUUAUAACGCCUACUAGGGAUCAAAGUCUAAUCGUUAACUUGGUGUAUAGAGAUUGUGAGAUCUGGGUUGGAGAACGGAAAUUAUUGGCCGAUCUGAUAGGUUUAGCAAUUAAGGGAUAUGAUGAGAUCCUAGGAAUGGACUGGUUUGCCCGUUACAAUGCCCAGUUAAAUUGUAAGACAAAGAUAGUAGAAUUGUGCAUUCCGGGAGAGGCAACCCUGAAAUUGGAUGUAAAAGGUAGAUUAGCCUCGUCUACACUUAUUUCAGGGAUUUGA